GAAACCUCUCUGGCCCACGCUAAAUGGUCAGCGAGGCUGUUAGCACACUGGAAUCUAUUUAGAGCCUUCGGCGAGCUGGUCGUGAUGCACGCUGACAGGAACAACCAGGUCCCGGCCCAUUGGCUCAUUUACGCGUACAAACCGGAUGCAGAUUGCAGCUCUCGGCCGGGUCGUCCUCCCAAGCGCUGCUCUGGUGCCGGGAUCCAAGAAAGCCCCAGGCUGCUGCACCCGGGGCUCCCCGGCCUGCUGUCCCCCAACCUGCUGUCCCACACUGGCCUGACGGCGGCAGCCAUGGCCGAGCUCCAAAAGCUGCAGAAGAUGAAGAUGAUGAUGAGUCUCCAGAACGGCAACGAGUCUGACAACGACGACCUACACUCUAACACAGGAGGGAGUGAGUGUUCCUGGGAUAAGGAGCGCCUGACCAGCCCCCCUGCUGGCGCCCACAGCGGAGGAGCGGGAGGUGGUGGAGGAGUUCCGACCGUGGGAGGAGGAGCCGGAGGAGGGGGGGGUGCAGCUGGGGGUCCUGGAAGGGGGGCCACCUUAGGAGCUGUCAAUCAACAGCAACUCCAGCAGCAGCAGCAGCUACUGGCCAACAGAUUGGACCUGCCUUUCAUGAUGAUGCCCCACCCUCUGCUGCCCAUGGGGCUGCCGCCUGCGUCUGUUGCCAUGGCGAUGUCCCAGAUGAACCACCUCAGCACCAUUGCCAACAUGGCGGCUGCAGCCCAGCAGAUACACACUCACGUCCACCGCGCGCCUGUCAUCAAGGAGAGAGUGUGUGACAGUCCCUCUCUGUCUCCGUCUGUGGAUGAAACCAACACUCCUCUGCAGUCGCAGCCCAGCAGCUCUGCCUCCAGCUCACCUGAACGACUGGGACUGGUGUCAGCUGAUGCUGAUGUUGCACUGACCAACUCUGCUGCGCCCAUAAAGAAAAUAACAAAGGACAAAGAAGAGUCUACACUGGGUCAAACCCUGCCGCAUGGAUUUCCUGCUCCAUUCCUAUUCGCUGACGGGCUGUCGUCAGUGGAGACACUGCUCACCAACAUACAGGGCCUGUUGAAGGUGGCUGUGGAGAAUGCCCGAGCACAGGACAAACAGAUCCAAGCGGAGAAGAGGGAGCUUAAGAUGGAGCUCUACAGGGAAAGAGAGAUGCGAGAAAGUCUGGAACGACAGCUCAACUCUGAGCUACAGAGCAGAGCCUCCAUUCAAAAGCGACUGAAGAAGGAAAAGAAGGCGAAAAGGAAGCUGCAGGAGGCGCUGGAGUUUGAGUCGAAGAGAAGGGAGAGAGUGGAGGAUGCUCUGAAACACUCGUCCUCAUCCUCCCCCUCUCCAGAGCCGCUGCACAAUGCCAACAACACCAUCGACAACGACGCUGCAAUAGCUGAGGACAAACCUGAGCUUAAUGGAAACCAGCAAGACAAUGGUGCUGUGCAAGAGUCUCGGCCGUUCCUGAAGACCCCCAUGAUGUUCUAGAGAGAAGCCCCGCCCCCAGCAGCCACACACCACCCACCCCCCCACCCCCCCUCGCCCCAAUUCCUGCACAGAAGCCCACCAGCCCGAUUCCACAGCUUCCACUAGCGCCUGGACCACCGCUGCAGAGAUUCCGUCAGGCUGGGCUCCAUCCUGGAUGGAAAGUGACACUUUUAAAGGAAACAAUGAGACUACUAAGAGACGCACUUCUUCUUUUGGACUUGUUUUUUGGGGUUUCAUCUCUGACUUUUCUUUAUCCCUGUCUUCACACUAACUUUACCCAAUUCGUUCCUUCCCCCCCCCCCCAAUUCUUCAGAACCCUUCCUCUUUUUUUUUUUUCCUGAACUGAACAAUGUAUAAUCAUUCCUGACAAAAGGAAAAAGCAACAAAGGAAGUCCCCUCUGCUCCACUUGGACAGAGACAGCGGAAGUUUUUUAACCAGAAGUCCACUUUGACUUUUACAGACUGUCUAAUGGCCUGAUGGAAUCUGCAGGAACACCUUUUUUUGACUAGUCCCGACAAGACGAGUGUGGUAAUAUGAAGAGGAGGAAAGGGCCAGCCUCCCCAUUUUGACUGAAACUUCCACUCACGCAGGCCUGUUAGCGGUCCAUCCCUUCUGACUGGACUCCAUAAGCCAAUCAGACGAUCGGGAUCUAAAGAAUAAAAAAGAGGGUUUUAAAAAGAAUACAGAGUACAAACUAUUAGAGGAAAACAACUCAAGAGGUUUUUUCUGUCUCUUGUGUUUAAUUGAGUUUUGUUUUCCAUACAGGGACUAAAAAGAAUGCAUGGGAAAACUUAUGUUGUCAUUUGACUUAUCUUAACUUUCAUACCCUCCGUACUUCUGACUCUUCCUCUUCUUCUUUUCUUCUUCCUCCCCCUUAUAAACACUUCCCCACUCUUUGGUUUAAUUUCUACCCACUUUCCUUUAGUCGGUAAACUAAACAGCUGUUCCUCCUUCAAGACAUCAAUUCUUUUGCAUGAUUCCUGACCUUUUUCUCCCUUCAACAUCUAUUCUUUAUCUUUUAAUUUUUCUCACUUCCUCUUUGUGAAGGAGGAAUUACUCUGAAAACGUUGGUUGCAGCUUUUCAAUGUAUGAAGUGUUUUCUAUUACCCUUAAGUAACUGUGGAUUCAGUUUCUGAAAUGCAUAAGGAAAAAAAAGAAGAAAAAAAAAGAAAAGAAAGAAAAAAACGUUUUUUAUUACAAAGGAGUGAUUUUUAGACACAGUAUGAUCCUAAAGGUCUGUUGAAAUCUCUUCCUUGAUGUUGGACCUUUUCACAUUUUGAUCCCUGUUCCUGAGAUCAGGAAGACGUAGUACAGUUUCUGGUGUUUGUCAAAUUAUAGCUACAGAACACUUUUUUAAAACUGCCCCAAAAGCAAACUGUAUAAAACACAAACCGAAAUCUGCAAUCUUUUUUUUGGAUUUACAAAAAUGUUUAUAGAAAAACAAUUAUUGAUCCUCUAUGAUGACAAAACGUACUGCAGGUGUAGAUAUCAAGCGCUCCUCAGAAUGCCAAACACCAGAAACCUUUGUUUCCCUCAUUCUCUGACCUACUAAGAGUGCAAACUGUUGUGUUGACGUUUUGUUUAUCCCACUGCGUGUUUUGUUUAUUUGUCGAUUACUAUUUGAAAUGUGCACGGGAAGAAUAUGGGAGGGCGACGACCGG